AUGGAUCCCUCAAAAGUCAAAAUCCCACCCAUGAAAAACCUCACAGUGGACAACAUAACCGAAAAUGUAAUCCGAAUCAACAGCCUCUGCGAGGACGAGCGUAUGAAAUAUAUCCUGGAACGGCUCGUAACGCACCUGCACGACUUCGCGCGCGAAACCCGCCUCAGCAGCGAAGAAUGGAUGACAGGCCUCCGCUUCCUAACAGAAGUAGGCCAAAUAACAACAGAAGUGCGCCAGGAAUAUAUCCUCCUGUCCGACGUGCUAGGUCUCUCCAUCCUGGUGGACUCCAUCGAUCAUCCCAAACCACCCGGUUCAACGGAAGGAACCGUCCUCGGUCCAUUCCAUACACACGAUGCUGAAGAGAUGACCGCCGGAGAAUCCAUGUCCCAUGAUCCCAAGGGGGAGCCGUUACUGGUGGUCUGUACGCUGAAGGAUAUGAACGGGAAGCCGGUUGAGGGUGUCAAGAUUGAUAUCUGGGAGACGGAUUCGUCGGGCCAUUAUGAUGUUCAGUAUGCAGGUCGGGAGGGUCCUGAUGGGAGGUGUAUUAUGCGGAGUGGUGCGGAUGGGGUGUUUUGGUUUAAGGCGAUCACGCCGGUGCCGUAUCCCAUUCCGCAUGAUGGGCCGGUUGGGAAGUUGUUGACCAAGUUGCAUCGGCAUCCGUAUCGUCCUUCGCAUAUGCAUUUUAUGUUUGAGAAGGAGGGGGCUCUCUACCUUCGGAAUGAUCCUUAUGAGACUUCCGAUGCGGUCUUUGGUGUGAAGGACUCUCUUGUUGUUGAUAUAGGAAAGGUCGGGCCGGAGUGGUCGAAGCAGUAUGGUGUUCCUGAGGGCCAUGCUUUGCUUACUUAUGACUUUGUGCUGGUUUCCGAUGAGGAGACUAGUCAGUUGCGCGCUCAUAAUUCCAAGGUUGCGUUGGAUCAGUUGGGGAGAAAGGUUAAGAUUGUUAAUGGGUUGCCUGUGCCCGAGUUGGAUUAG